AUGAGAAGAGUUGAUUGGCACGUCACCCAAGAGCAAGCAUCUUUAAUUCGCGACCACGCCAACGGCCUCUCUUCUGUCCCUUUAUCUGUGCAGGAUUGCCUCACGUCCUACAUCGUGUCUAUUCUUAGUCGCUACAGCCAUCACAAACUAUCGACUGUGACCAAUGCUGCUAGUUAUCGAAAUGUUGCGACUCCAUUUAUUGACGCAAAUGUUGCUGGAAACUGUAUAUACAUUCCUACCUGCCCUAUAAUGCCAACGGAUGGGUUUCUUUCCAUCGCGCAAAAAGUGCGACGAUCCCUUCUCGAAGCCAGGUCUCCUAGCUUUAUCGAGAGCUAUAUGUCCGUUGCUGGGUUUCAUAUGCUACGUGCUGCGAACGAAGACAAGAAGUUCUUCUUUGGUUCCGAUUCGAAUGUACUAUCCGUGAAUUCUAAUUUAUCGUUCGAUUGGCGUGCUGUUCACUUUGGUUAUCCUGGAGGAUCUAGAUUUUAUACUACUGGCAUAUCGAAGUUUUAUCUAAGGGUGUUCAAGUCAAAUACUGAGGAAACAGGUAUAGAACUGUCACUAGGAGUUCCGGAGGAUAUGUGUGAUACGAUAACGAAGACCUUACAGUCAGAUUUUGCGCACUUGGACUUUCCGAAUAAUAUAAUCUUGUAGGGUCCUUUUAGCAUCGCUGAUCGAGACUUGAUGAUCGAGAGCGGGUGCAGUUUACGUCGAGACCUUUACGUUAACACAUCUUGACCUGUAACCACGACAUCACCCUUCAUAAAUAUACCUCAACAUCUUGAAAUAUAUCAGAAAUGGACCAUCUUGUUAAGGAAUGGCUGCGGAUGGAC